UCUCUCUCUCUAACCUUCACCAACAGCAACCAAAUUCUUCAUAUAUUCUUUUCUCAGCUGAUUUCAAAAGAGAGUAGAGAGAAAGAAGUUGCAAAUAUGGAGGAUUCAGCUCAGAAUUUGGUUGGCUUUUCUGGUGAAGGUUAGCAAACCCUCAAGAAAACCAACAAAACAUCUCUAAAACUUGCCAAGAUUUAGGGUUCUCUAAGGGUAUAAUUAAUUUGAUCAAGAAUUCAAGAUGGAUCCAGUCACUGCUCAUGGUCGUCAUCAGCUACCUCCUCCCUUUCAUACCAGAGAUCUUCAGCUGCACCACCACCAGCAGUUUCAGCAACACCAUGGCCACCAUCAUCAACAGCAGCAACACCACCAUCAACAGCAGCAGCAGAAUUCCGAAGAGGACGAGCAAAGUGGUGGAAGUAGCAGCCUCAACCAUGGCCAGAAGCGAGAGCGUGAAGACAACCACAAUAAUAACAAUGAUGGAAAUAGAGAAUUGGCGUCGGUUGUGACCGGUGGUGAAGGAGAUCAGAGCAGCGGUGGAGGUGGUAGUGGUGGCUCUAGGCGGCUUCGUGGCCGCCCAGCUGGUUCUAAGAACAAACCUAAGCCACCUAUAAUCAUCACUAGGGACAGCGCUAAUGCGCUGAGGUCCCAUGUGAUGGAGGUGGCUAAUGGUUGUGAUAUUCAAGAAAGUAUAUCGAACUUUGCAACAAGGAGGCAAAGGGGUGUGUGUAUUUUAAGCGGUAGUGGCACGGUUACCAAUGUUACACUAAAGCAGCCGGCAGCACCGGGAGCGGUUGUGACAUUACAUGGCCGAUUCGAGAUCUUAUCAUUGUCAGGUUCGUUUCUUCCUCCUCCAGCUCCACUUGCUGCUUCAGGAUUGACCAUCUAUCUAGCCGGUGGUCAAGGACAGGUGGUCGGAGGAGGAGUAGUGGGGCCUCUAUUGGCAUCCGGCCCAGUGGUGAUCAUGGCAGCAUCUUUCGGGAAUGCUGCUUAUGAAAGACUUCCUCUUGAAGACGAAGAGGCAACACCAGGUUCAGGCAAUGGCCCUCUAGGGUCGCCUUCGGGUAUCGGUAGCCAACCACAACUCAUGAAUGAUUCGAGUCCAUCGUUAUUUCAUGGAUUGCCUCCCAAUUUGCUAAAUUCAUGCCAGUUGCCAACAGAUGCAUAUUGGGGGGCAAAUCGCCCCCCUUUCUGAAACGAAACAAGUGUCACUGAUCUUUCGUUUCAUCCUAUUUUCGCCUUUUAAUUUCACCUUUGUAAGCCUCUUCCUUUCCGGAUUUCAUAUAAAUUAGUCGCUUGUGAUGCUACUUAUAUACUUUAAUAGCAUGUUUCAUUGAUCUAA